CCCUCUCUUUGCUCUGUUCGUCUCUGUGUGAGCAGUAAAAUGGCAGAAGCUGCUGUAAAAUAUCUGGAUUCUUUCAGCUGUCCGAUCUGUCUGGAUCUACUGAAGGAUCCAGUGACUAUUCCCUGUGGACACAGUUUCUGUCUGGGCUGUAUUAAGGACUGCUGGGCUGGAGAUGAUCAGAGGAAGGUCUACAGCUGCCCUCAGUGCAGACACACCUUCACUCCAAGGCCUGUUCUCAACAAGAACACCAUGCUGGCUGAACUAUCUGAGGGUCUGAGGAAGACGAGGCUCCAAGCUGCUCUUCCUUCUGCUGAUUCUCCUGCUGGAUCUGGAGGUGUGGAGUGUGACGUCUGCACUGGAACGAAACACACAGCUGUUAAGUCCUGUCUGGUGUGUCUGGCCUCCUUUUGUGAAGCUCAUAUUCAGCCUCAUUAUGAAGUUCCUGCCUAUAAGAAGCACAAGCUGGUUGAAGCCUCCAUGAACCUGCAGGAGAAGAUCUGCUCUCUUCAUGAUAAACUACUGGAGGUUUUCUGUCGCACUGAUCAGCAGUGUAUAUGUCUUCUGUGUGUGAUGGAUGAACACAGUGGUCAUAAGACAGUCUCAGCUGCAGCAGAAAGAGCUGAGAAACAGAAGCAGCUGGUGGAAACUCAGAGGAAAUCCCAGCAGAGAAUCCAGCAGACGGAGAAGAAACUGCAGGAGCUGAGACAGACUAUGGAGACUCUCAGGCGCUCUGCACAGGCAGCAGUGGAGGACAGUGAGAAGAUCUUUACUGAACUGAUUCAGUCCAUGGAGAGAAGACGCUCUGAGGUGAAAGAGCUGAUCAGAGCUCAGGAGAAGACUGAACUGAGUCUGGCUGAAGAUCUCCUGAAGAAACUGGAGCAGCAGAUUGCUGAUCUGAGGAGGAGAGACGCUGAACUGGAGAAGCUUCUACACUCAGAGGAUCCCGUCCAUUUCCUCCAGAGUUUCCAGUCUCUCUCAGCUCCUCCUCAAUCUGCAGACUUACCCCAAAUCCCAGUCAGUCCACAAUUCUCCAUGGAGGAACUGAAGAAAGCUGUGACUGGAGUGAUGGAACGAGUGGAACCGAAACUGCUCAGAUUUUCUGGAGGGUUCAUUUCUUCAUCCAUGACGGCUGCUCCUCUUCAGAAACCACAACAGCUCCUUCAGUCUCCUGAACCAAAGACCAGAGAGGACUUCCUGAAAUAUUCCUGUCAGCUCACUCUGGAUCCAAACACAGCACACAGAAAACUCGCUCUGUCUGAGAGAAACAGAAAAGCUACAGUGAUGCCCCAGAAACAACAAUAUCCUGAUCAUCCAGAGAGAUUUGAUGAAGUUCAGCAAGUUCUCUGUAGAGAAAGUCUGUCUGGACGCUGUUACUGGGAGGUGGAGUUUAGAAUCAGUAAUGUGGAUAUUGCAGUCUGUUAUAAAAACAUCAGCAGAAAAGGAGGAAGUAAUGAGUCUGGAUUUGGGUCUAAUGAUCAGUCCUGGAGUCUGAAAAACUGGAACUCCAGUUUCUCUUUCAGACACAGUAAUAAACAGAUUAACCUCCCUGUAGUCUCCAGCUCCUCCAGAAUAGGAGUGUAUGUGGAUCACAGUGCAGGAAUUCUGUCCUUCUACAGCGUCUCUGACACAAUGACCCUCCUCCACAGAGUCCACACCACCUUCACUCAGCCCCUCUAUCCUGGAUUUGGGGUUUAUUAUUUUGGUAAUAUUGUUCAGAUAUGUGAUCUUAAUUAAUCUUCAGAUAGAAGCUGAUCAUGUGAUCAUCUACAGUCUUAUGGCGAGUUUAGUAAAAUCCAGUCUAUCCUCUGACAGACUAUUAGAAACAACAUGUAAUACAGCAGCUUUAAGUCUGUCCUGUGUGUUCAAUACAUUAUCAAACAGAAAUAAACUAAACAUUUGUUGUUAAUUACAGUAUUUAUAUUAUAUUUUAAUAUGCCAUUUCGUCAAUAUAUAAUCAGUAAAAGUCUAAAAAAAGUACAUUUUUAGUAAGCAGAGUAAUUUCACUACAAACUGUGACUAGUAGAAUUUUUUUAUACCAGUCCGAUACUUUGAAUUCGAUACUGAUAUCCAAACAACACUUUUUUCCCAUAUUUUUUUUCUUUUUUUUUACAAAAGUAACAAAAAUGUAUUAUUAAUCUGACACAACGUAUUUAUUUAACAGCCGACAUGAAUAAUCUCUUUCUCAUACUGUCAUCAUGAGAGGCUCCAUCUGUUUAGAUCUUGUUGGAACAAAAACAAGAACAUGUUUGUGGCUCUUUAUUAAGAACAAAAACAACAGCAUUACUUGUAUUUAUAAACAAUUAUACUUAUAAAAUUGUACUAUAAAUAUUUUUCAGUAAGCACACUGCUGCAUACAGUUCAGUUUUAAAGAGUUUGUUUUUAAGACAUAAGAACAUAAAAUGCUCACUCUUUCCUGACUGAUGGUCCAGAAAUUAAUGAGUACAAAUAACAACCCAAAAGAAAAUUAAUUCACAAUAUUUUUAUUUUAUUUUAAUGAUUAAAAUGAUACUUUGCAUUAUUCAAAAAUAUGUUUGUAUAUGUCUUUUAUUGAAGUAAACCUUCAGUU